UGCCUGCUACUUUCAAAGUUCACUCAUGUCCGUGCGACAAGGGCCCGACUUCUCCGGUGAUGAGGUGUUCGUCAGCCGAUAUCCCAUCCAUCGCGCCUGCCGGGAUGGAGAUGUCGGAGCUUUGGUCUCACUGUCACAGCAGCUCUCGAACCAGGCUCAUCUGACUGCCGAGGACUCCUGCUACGGAUGGACCCCCAUACACUGGGCAGCUCACUAUGGACAGCUGGAGUGUGUGGCGCGCCUGGUGCAGAUGGGUUGUGAGGUGAACACGGUGACCAGCCGCUUCAACCAGACACCAACACACACUGCAGCGUUUGGAGGACAUCCUCACUGUGUGGUUUGGCUGACUCAGGCCGGGGCUGACGUCAACAGGCAGGACUUUGUAGGUGAGGCUCCCAUCCAUAAGGCGGCUCGGUCAGGUAGCCUGGAGUGUAUCCAGGUCCUGCUGAUAGCAGGUGCUAAACCACAUUUAAGGAAUGCCAGUGGGCAGACGGCGGCGGACCUGGCCCACGCUCACGGCUUCCCCGACUGCUUCCGCUUCCUCUCCAACGCCCAGAAGCACCUGCUGCACCUCAGUGGACUCCAUGUGAACGGAGCGCAGAAUGGAAACGCCCCGUGUGGUCAGGGCCUGCUCAGCCGAAAGAGGCUGCUGACCACCGCGGACUCUGGACACACGAAGAAAGCCAGGAGAGCCGAUAAUAUGUCGGUGCAGGUGCACAGCGGCGGAGGUGAGGAGGGGGAGAGCAUGAACAUGGAGGCUGCCCAGGAGCUCGGCUCAGGAGGUGAUGACACCAAAGCCAUUACCAACGGCCAUCAUCACACUCUGCCUUACGCUGCCCGGGAUGACCCCGAGCCGCCCAAAAGCCUCUCCUCAACAUCUCCCCGUCCAGCCCAUCAGCUGGCGGGCGCAGGGCCGACUCAGCGCUCCUCAGCCGAGAUGUGUGGCUCCCUGCAUCUGACGGGGAGUCCCAGCAGCUGCGUGUCCCAGCGGCCGGUCUGGUGGGCGCUGACGGGGGCAGACUGCGGGGACUUCCAGCAGUACGGACACUACCACGGCUUCGGAGACACAGCGGAGGAGCUGAGCGACAGCAGCCGCCUCGAGUACAACAGCAGCGUCCAGGCCGAGCGCCGGUACAAGCAGGCUGUGGCCAGCACCAUCCACCUCUACCACGGCUCAUAGACACGGAGGGUCUGCCUCCACAGGGAGGGAUUAGCCUUUGAUAUGCUUUUCACUCAACUUUAAAGGAACAAUGACAUUUCGGACAAGUCAUUAGCUGCCUAACCUGGAGUGGCUACUACAGAUAUCCAGGAUAUAUUCACCCUGGUUUGGUAAAAUCAUCCUUUUUUCUUUUUUUUUUUGAGCUUUUAACCUCAUCUCAUUGUCUGUAUCAGCAGAUGGAGCUGACUAGGGAAAGAUGGAGGAGGUCGUCCACCUCUGAAGCUAAAGAUAAUCUUCAAACAGAGACGGGGGCUACGAUCCCAUCUCCACCCCAAACUAGCUUCACCAAAAGAGAAAAAAAAUCUGUCCCCGGAAAACUCAGUGACUAUACCCUGCACAUACUAUAUACAUUAUUUACCAAAUACUCAUUUUCAUAACUAAUACCGAUUUGUAAGUCAACAGCUCCUCCAUUUUCUCUGUGCAUUGCAUUGUUGGGACAACAGUGCUAAAUUUGUUCCUCUUUAGUACGAUCGGACUCUCUUCAGAAUUAGGGUUUAUUGUGGAAUGGGGGAAUGGGGAACAAACUAGUAUCUCAAAAUUGCUGUCCUUAUAGUGGGGUUGCCAGGUAUCCAUCCUGUCUGACCCCGAAACUAAAGCCCUGCGACUGGUUUGCAAACAUUAAAUCAGACGGCUUUGUAGCUGUUGGAAGGUGUCGUUACCUCCACCGAGGUUAUGCAAUCACUCGUGUCUGUCCGUUUAGUAGUCAGCAGGAUUACGCAAAAACCACCAAGCCGAUUUGCGCCAAGCGUGGUGGAGGGAUGGGGCAGGGGUCAGCGAACAGCCAGACAUUUACCAGACAUUUUUUAUUAUCACUUUCCUUAACAUUGUGAGAUUGGGCAUUUUCGCACAUUUUCCGCAAUAUUUGGCCUUGGCGGAUGUAUGCGCUCUACCGAGUGCCAUUCUAGGUUUUUACUUCCGAUGGAGCCAGGCGGUCUCCCCUCUGCUUGUAGUCUUUGUGCGAAGGUGGGCUAAACGCAGUCCAGACCUACAGUGUCUCUGCGCUCAGAGCACAGGAAUCAACUGAUACGUAUUUAAAGGAAAGCAAGAGACAACAAUAACUAGAGUGGCACUCAGUAGAGACCAUACCUCUGCCGAGGCCAGUGUCAGACAACAUACGCCAGACUUCAGAGAAAAAAAUUCAAGUUCAUAGUAGAGGAUCCGGACCUGCCCCAAAAUGUAACGGGUUCUUCCCUGACCCAUGACUCAUGGCUUCACCAAGUUCGGUGCAAAUCGGUUCAGUGCUUCCUGCGUAAUCCUGCUGACAAAUGAACAGACAGACACAGGUAAAAACCUCCUUGGAGAUAACAAUACUCGUGUUCUCAGUGGUGAGAGGAGUUUGCUCAGUUGUCCGGAAGAUGACUUAUAUCUACCCGAAACUGAUAACGAUCUCCUCAUCCGACUCUUAGUGAGACAGCAAACUUUUCUCAAAAUGUUAGACCGCUCCUUUAAGGCCGCAGCCUUUGCGACGUUCGUAUUGUCGGGUUUUACACAAAAACGAAGAUCGGGUUUGUGACCUACUGGCUCACCAGCCUCCAGCGUGUCGGAAAACAUCCCAGCUGCUCGUGCGGCAUCGUAACAGAGCAUGUUGCCAAUGUUCGGUUCUUCAAAAUGAACCGCCGGCGGUGUGGAUUGUCAAGGCUCUGCACCCCGGACCAUGCGACAGUUUCUGUAAGGCCAGUGCUGAUGUUACUUUUACUGAACUGCCUGUCACCUUCUAAUCUCCAUAUAACCUCCACUGAAACCAAUGCAAAGAAACACACACAAACACACACACACAGGCCCUGCAUUUCCUGCAAUGUAUUUCUGCAUUUACAGCAAUGAUCUAUUACUAUACUGCUACUGCUGGCUGUUUUGCACUAUUAAGGGCUGUUUAGUGGGAUUAUGUGGUGUUUUUUUUUUUGUGCGUGUGUCUGAACGGUAGUUGAAGCGUGUGUUCGUGGAGGCUGUCCUUUCUGAAUGUGGCCUGAUCUGCUGUCCUUCAGCAGGGAGGAACAACUGCACUGAAACAGAAAACUCCCUGCUAGCCUUGAUCUACCAAAGGGAAUAUUUUAUUGGUUUGUGUGUUUUGUGGCUUUUGAAUUGAAAUCAUGUUAUUUAUGUUUUAGAGCAGAUGGAUGUCUUUGUUCAAAGCUGUACUCUCAUUUUCUAAAUCAUACUCUAGGCUUUUUGGGAGUCUUCUCUCUUAUAUAGACAGUGUGCUGAAGACAUGCUGUCUCUUUUGUAAACACUAUGUAGGCUUUGUGGGAACGUGCACUGUGUGCCAAAACUGACUUACCUGUUUCUGACAGCUGUUUUAUAAUUGUUGUGUUUUUGCCUCUUUUCCUAUUAAAACCUGUUUUACAG